UGACAGUGCGAUUACUUCCCGCACCUCACGUUUUCUGCACCCGUCAGAUUCUCAGUUCACAGCGCAGAUUCGAUGUUGAGGAGAGGCGGACUUUCCCAAGUGUUGUAACCGACCUUUCCUCCUCCUUUUCAGUCGAUCUCUACGAUCGGACCUUUUGGAAGCUGCUGCUUUAACACGUGCGCCGGGGAGGAGAUUCGUCAGUUGGGAGAGUGCGGCGUUAUGGGGCGCUAGAACAGGUUCUGCCAGCUGACUCUCCAGAUCCUGAGCAACAAACUCGCUGUCAGGGCUGUAAGGCAGGCGCCAUCGUCGUGCGCUUCGGUGCCCGUGCGGGGUAUUUCCCCAUUCUACGAAGGAACUUCCAGCUUGUGGCUGGCCGCCUGGCAAGCAUGACUAAGGCGCCUCACUUGUACCUCUCGCAUCAGCCCAUUGCAAGAAUCGCAGCAGCGACGGGGAGCUGCUUUCAGUUCGCCUCUCUCUUCAGACCGCUUUUCUAAGCUUGCUAAUGACGGAUUGUCUAAUCUAUAUGCCCUGGUUCUUUCCAGCAUGGAAUUAACUGAUGAUAUGAUACCCAUCGAUUCAGACUGUUUCACUUUAGAACAAAGCUAUCCGGAGAAGCGUAACGAAGCAACAGACAUGAAGAAAACGCUGCCCCUGGAGUGCUCACAGGAGGCGGACGACUUGUGCGACUCCGGCUUCUUGGAGAACUUCAACUCCGGCUGCUCGCUGCAUGACCGACGGAACCAGGAUGGACAAGAAGGGGACAUGGACAUAGCGGAGACGCGUGCUAGCCUGUGGAGAUUUUUGUCAGAAGAUCAAGACACGUUUCUGCAUUUGUGCAUCAUCCAUGAGUCAGAGGACAGAGCUCUGUCAAUUAUUCAUCAAGCCAGUCCAUCUUUCCUAAAUUUCCAAAACACACUGUACCAGACACCACUCCACUUGGCUGUUUACUUACGGCUGGUGAAGACGGUCCGUGAUCUGGUCUUGUGGGGUGCAGACACCAAUCUCCAAGACUGGAAUGGGAACACACCUCUUCAUCUGGCCUGUGACUACGGAUACGUAGACUGUCUGCAGGCCCUGACAAAGCCCCCCACCGAUGAAGAGCAGCUCCAGCGUCCACAACAGUUAAUUGAUCGUCCAGACCUGAAGAAGCAUAAUUGGAGAGGUCACGCUUGCAUUCACAUCGCUGUGCUGCAGGGAAAUUACCAGAUGUUGGAGAUUCUUCUGUCCCUAGGAGCGGAUAUCAAUGCUGAGGAAGUAACAUGGGGGAGGCGACCCUUGCAUCUCGCAACAGAGAAUAAUGACAUUAAAAUGGUAUCACUGCUGCUGGAAAGGGGAGCACAAGUGGAUUCUGAAACAUAUAGUGGGGUGACCCCGGUAGAGCUGGCCAUUGGGCGAGGCAAUGGGCAACUUGCUGUGGAACUUCAACACGCCAGUAUGAUUAUUAAUGGCUGCUUCUUUGAUGAUCUGAAACUAAGAGGCCUCCCACUAACAAGUCAUUAAUGGAGCCAGUUACUCACCAAGCUUCCCCCUCUGAACUUGUUAAGGGGGAUUUUUUCAGGACACUUUUGGAAUUCACCUCCUACCUGAACCCUGCCUCGGGCCACUAGGCUUGUUUUUUGAAGGAUUGCAUUGAGCCUAUGUGGGUGAAUAUAUGUGUGUUUUCUCUCUGAACUACUGAUUUGUAUUUUUGGGAGGUAGGAUUGAGCAGUGAGUGCUCAUUUUAUGUAGCCGAGUUCCCUUCCUCCUUUUUUUAUAUUUUCUUGUCAAUCCAGGCCUAUCAGCACUAAGCAAACACUUCAUUCACCCUAGAUCUAGGAAAAGUAGAGCUUCUUUAUAAGGAACCUGCAGCUUCUCUCUCUAAGCAUUAAAACAGAAUCCAUUCAAUGGCAAACUGACCCAUCCUUGUUAUUCAUCUGUAAGCAAUGAGUUUGUCAUAUCAAACUAUUGAAGGAAUUCUAUAUACCAGACGUCAUCAUCCUCCUAAUGCUAAAAACAACAAUAAUGAUGAUGAAACUUUUGAAACCAGCAUGCUAUUAAGUAUUUUUCAAUCUACAGUCCUUGUGGAUGACUGGAUUUUAUCAUUAACUGUGUGCGAAUAUAUUUAGCCUUCCAGGAAUUAUGAUAAGGCUGCAGUUACAAUAUUUGUUUGGCAGCAUGAGACCGUUUAUGCAGUUUGUAUCAAAAGCAGUUACCAUAUUGGAAUUGGCUGACAAUAUUGAAAUGUGUGGAAUCUUAACUUGCAGAUCCAUUUAUUAUCAUUGUGUAGAAUGAAAAAUGGUACUGCAUUCCUUAGUUUAAUGUGUAUGCUGUGUAGGAAAGCAGACUGUGCUUUUGUGCUGUCUCUUAAGCCAAAUGAGGCCAAGGCAGAGAAAAAGAAAAAAGCUGUAACAACAAAAGUGAUGAAUACAGAGGGAAAGUAAACGGGACAAGCUAAUAGAUGAAACACAAGAAGCAUAUGUCCACAUUAGGUCAUCUUGUACUGCAUUUUGUGCUUAUCUGUCAGGUUGGCUAGCUGCCUGCCAAAUGUUAUUUUAAAAGGGUUUCCUCCUGUUCAAGUUAAUUUUCGACUUCACAGUUAUUUGCCAUUUAUACACCAUACAUUGAGGUUUUAACUUGCGUGUUUCCCUCAGACUAGUGACAGCUUUAUUCAGUUUUCUUUUUUUUGGCCCCUCUUUUUCCCAGAAGUUGAACCCUUGUCUUGCAUUUCACUUCCAGCUCCAACCAUAUCUAAUAGAAUCAGUUUUGAAAUCUUGGGUAAGAAUUACUUUUGGGAGCACCAUGGGGUUGAUUAGAUUAUGGACCUCCUGGGGCCACCUUCCUCUAACAGACCCCGAUAACCCUGCUGUCCUGUUUCCUCUGCUCACGAGUCCAAGAAACCUCUAGGUCACCGGUCUAUUAUAGUGGUUUUCCCUGACGCCACUAGCCUGGAAGAGACAUGCACAAUUACACAGGGUUCCACUACUAUUCUAGGAUAAAUGAUGCAGUUGAAAAAUAUCUGACUCUGUGGUCCAUAAGCAAGGAUCAUAAUGUCCCUUUGUCCUACUAGAGUAGCCAUCUCUAAGAUUCGUUUCAUAUUAAAUAUUGAUAGUGGCCCCUACUGGUAUGGUUGACAAGGCCACAAUUGUAACACACCGCUGAGGUUCUAUCCUGCAUUAUGGAAAACUGCUUACACCUCUGACCUCUACAGGGGCCUACGUCACAGUGUUCAUAAUUCACCAUGAGAACAUGGAUGACAAGAACAUGGUGUUUCAUCAACAUCCAGAGACUGAACUUCUUGUGAAUAGCAAUAUCUUGCUAUCUGACGUUCACAUAGAGCUUUAUGCUUAACUGAACAGCAGCAGUGUCAGAUGGCGGGUAAUGCAAUGUAAAGGCAAGCACUUCGAUAUUGCCCUUCAGCCUUGAACGGUACUGAGUGUAAGAAAAGAACAAAUGAGUUUUGCUUUAUAGAAUACUAAGAUGUGAUACACAGAGAAAUGAGGCUGCCCAGGCAUUCCUACCCCAAGGGAAGCAUCAAACAUGGUAGACGAGUGGUAAAACACCAUUAAUUGGGGUGGAGAUUUA